GCGAACGAUGGACUGGGUUCGAGAUGCGCGGAAAAUUUGUCGCCAAUUAAUGAAGCCGAAUUAUCUACCACUAUCAUUGGAUAGUGCAGAACACCCUAUUUUGUCACGGAGAACAUCCAUAAAACGUCGACAUUCCAAUGUUGGUCCACUUCAGCUUGCUCGUGCUGCCAAAGACUUCAUUGUCCAUGGUAGUAGCGCAAAAUUCCAGCGACAGCUUUCGGAAAUGACGAAAAGAAAAUUACCUAAACCUCCUUCUCAAUUUUUCGAACCAUCUGAAGUACCCAAUGUUCCACAAAAUGAAAAACCAGAAGUGUAUUACGUUUUACACAAUAUCAAGAUGUUGGAAUUGCCGUCCGAGUGGUAUGCACAGUGGAAGGGCCUGACUGUGGAGGAAUACAAAGAGAAUGAUUAUCUGAUCAGACCUGGUGAUAAAGACAACUACAUCAUUGUCGUUUUGGAAGGAGUGAUUGCUGUCUUUAUAACGCAUACUGAAGGAAAGGAACUCAUGGUUCGGAAAAUUACAACUGGCGAUAGCUUUUUCAGUCUGCUGUCGAUUUUGGAUGUCUUGAUGAAUCACGAAAUAACUUUCCGCAAUAUAUCGGUGAGAGCUUUGACGACGUGUCGAAUUGCCAGGUGUAGCACGAGCAAUUUUCGGGAUUCAUUCAUCAAGAAUCCUAAAUUCUGGGUCCGACCAAUUCAGAUUGUAUUAACAAGGCUGCUACAUGUUACUUUGACUACACUUCACCAAUAUCUCGGUUUGAGCAUCGAAUUAGCGAAAAAGCGUUCAGAUGAAAGGCGUAAUAUCGAUGAGCGUCAUCGGCAUUCAUCUGGAAUUACUUGCUCAAUUCGUCUGCAAAGCAAAAUGCGACCCCGUCCUCAUCGCCUAAGCAGCAAUGAUGAUUUGAAGGAAUAUUUGGCAACAGCACAGCGGUGGUUUGCUGAAGUACUUCACCUAGGUGUUAGUGCUGAAUCGAUAGCACUUUUUACUGGCCGUGUUACUAUUGAGAAUGUUCCCGAGAAAUACCUUAUUGUAGAGCAAACCUCUGAAAAUGAAUUGUUAAUUAUGGUUCUCAGUGGUCUCUUGACUAUUUCUCAGGAGCCGAUUGAUGGUGAGGAUGAAAAUACAGAUGAAGAACACAUUUUCGUCUAUCCACGUGAACUUAUCGGUGGAUUACAACUACUCACCGGUGAGCCGUGGUUUGUUACAGUUCGAUCUCAUACAUGUGCAAUAUACGCUACUCUUUCGAAGAAAGAUUUCUUUGAAUUGGUUGAUAUCCAUCCAGAAAUCGUAUUGCCAGUCGCGCAUUCAGUUAUUCGACGAUUAAGUCCUUUCGUUCGAAAUGUAGAUUUUGCAAUUGAUUGGAUACUGCUUGAUUCCGGACAAGCUGUAUAUAGAAGUGGUGAUGUAGCCGACUCAAUAUUCGUCCUUUUAAGUGGAAGACUUCGAUCUGUCGAAGACAAGAAAAUAAUCGAAGAGUUUGGGCGAGGUGAUGUUUUGGGGAUGAUUGAGGUCCUUCAGCGAGUGCCGCGUGCCACUACUGUACUUGCAAUUCGUUUUUCACAAUUGGCACGACUUCCUGAAGGCCUUUUAAACUUCAUUAAAAUAAAGUUCCCCCAGGUUGGAUUUCGUCUUGUCCAUUUAUUAGGUCAGUAUUACACUUCAUCGAUACAAAGUACAUCUACAUUCAGAUGUGGGUACAAGGAUGGCCUUUCAAUGACAAGCGAUCCACAGAGUCAUAUCAAAAAUUUACAUACUAUUGCGGUAGUGGCUGCAACACCCGAUGUUCCUUUAACUGCAUUUACGUGUGAACUAUAUCACGCUCUCACUGCAAAUUUGCGGGUUCUGCGACUGAGCAGUCAGAAAAUAGCCGAACUGUUGGAUGUCAGUGUGCUGGAAAACCAAGCAGAUUUUCGUCUUAUGCACUGGCUUAAUUUGCAAGAAGAUACUUAUCCACUAAUUAUCUAUGAAUGUGACACAAGCGCUACAAGUUGGACACGACGUUGUCUUCGCCAGGCAGAUGCAAUAUUGUUCGUUGCUAAUGGCGAGCAGAAGCCAUUGCAGCAUUCAUUGAUGGAUGAUUAUUUGAACAUGAAUGAGGAUGGUAUUCGAACAAAUAAGGAAUUGAUCCUUCUUUGGGAUGAAAAAACUGUGGAACCACAAGGGACAAUUGAAUGGUUGAAAGGAAGUUGGUUUUCGGGUCACCAUCAUAUCCGUAUUCAUAAACGGAUGGUACAGUGGGACUUGAAAAAGGUUUUCGAAUCUGACAUUGUGUCCUUCUACGAGCAAAACAUUUAUGGUGGAAAGGUUGACAGUGCAUCAGAUUUUGCAAGGCUAGCUCGAAUACUGACUGGAAAUGCAAUCGGCGUUGUGCUGGGUGGAGGUGGUGCAAGAGGUGCGGCUCAUGUUGGUGUAUUGCGUGCAAUACAGGAACAUGGUAUCCCGAUUGAUAUGAUAGGGGGAACAUCUAUUGGGUCUAUGAUCAGUGGUUUGUACGCUCAGGAGGUUAAUGAUGUAGAGCAGAGAGCAAAAAGUUGGUUCAUGAUGAUGGCUUCAAUUUGGCCAAAAAUAUGGGAUUUAACGUAUGCCCACUCAGCGAUGUUUACUGGUGCCGGUUUCAAUCAUGGUCUUCAGGAUUUAUUCUCGGAUUCAUUAAUCGAAGAUCUAUGGAUACCAUAUUUUUGCAUAAGCACUGAUAUAAGCAACUCGGAAAUGAGGGUACAUCGGACUGGUCCGCUAUGGGCUUAUUGCCGGGCAUCAAUGUCUUUGGCAGGUUAUCUUCCUCCAUUAUGUGAUCCAGUGGAUGGUCAUCUGUUACUAGAUGGUGGUUAUGUUAACAAUUUACCAGCAGAUGUUAUGCAAUCCAUAGGUGCUAAGAUAGUGAUCGCAGUGGAUGUUGGUUCUGCUGCCGAAACAAAUUUAUACAAUUAUGGUGACUCAUUGAGCGGAUUUUGGAUACUACUGAAAAAGUUAAAUCCAUUUGCUGAACCAAUCAAAGUUCUGAAUAUGGAGGAAAUACAGAGUCGCUUGGCUUAUGUCUCUUGUGUGCAGCAGCUACAGUUAGUGAAAAACGCUGGGUACUGUCAAUAUAUACGACCACCUAUCGAGGAAUUCAAAACCUUAGAUUUUUAUAAAUAUGAUGAAAUACGUGAUCUUGGCUACAAACAUGGUGUAAAGGAGUUCGGAGAACUAGUGAAGACAAACGAAGACUUGAAAAAUGUUAUCGAUGCUGAAAAGUUGCGCUCACUAAAACGACGAUAUUGGGGCCGGGAACCUUCGAAAUUGGCCAUGUACGACCGCGGCCGCGCUUCAUCAUUCACUAAUCUCGCUGCUCAGGUUUCAAGAGUUCCCAAAGUGCGCCAAAAGGUCAGCGUAAAUGAUGAUGAAGUUGCGGAAGAUGCAUUCUCGGAUGUUUGGUGGGAUGUGGAGGAGGAAGAACAAGAACCAGAUGUGCAGUCGCAGCCAGCAUAUAAUUCUGAGGAUGUUGAAUCUAUUGAGGCGGGUUACAUCAGUGAACCCUGCACUGCUUAUCAGACUAAAUACACAUUCAGCAGCGAAGAUGAAGUAAGCACUGAUAAAAGUAAUACUGAAAAUAAUCGGAAGCGGAAGGCCACUUUAUCUGAAGUGAAUCAAAACUGUGGAGAGAAGAUUGAAAUGCAAAAGGCACUAGAGAAAACACCUGUGGUACGAUUUGGAUUUUCGCAUCCGACGCCAUCUGACGAUAAGCUACUUGAAGGUCGAAAUAUGGCACUUGAUUCUGAUAAGUCUGCGAAGAAAGUUAAUAAUAAUACAGCGCGGUAAACUAGGAAGUUUUCCAUUUCUUUUGCUGCAGUGAUUUCCUCUUGAAUUUUAUUAGAUGUUAUUGUUCGAAUAUCAUAGUUGCUAUUUGGAAUUUUAAAGAGAGCUUCUGCAGCUUGCAAUAGAACACAUUAAAAUGUAAAGUAGGACUUCAGACUGUUUGUUAUUCAUCAGUAG